AUGGCAACUUACGUGCUGUUGGGAUUCUUGUUAGCCUUCGGACUGGGACAGGGUGAUUCUCUGUACACUCCACAGGAACCGGCGUACAUUGAAAACCUUCGUAGUGCUUCGCCCCGCAUCGUUGCUGGGUGGGAGGCAGAAGAUGGCCAGAUUCCCUACCAGAUCAGCCUGCGAAUGGUGAACAACGCAGCUGGCGUGUCAUCAUGCGGCGGGUCCAUCAUCCAUCACAAUUGGGUGAUCACCGCUGCUCACUGUCUUGCUAACCGCUUCACCUUCGUUGUACGUUUCGGUCUGACGAAUCUUACACGUCCGGAAUACAUCGUCGAAGCAACCAGGAAGUACAUCCACCCGCUAUACCAGGAGAAUAUCAACCGAGUGCAGACUGAUGACAUCGCUCUGCUGGGAAUUGACCAGCAUAUACCUUAUGGGCCGUACAUCCAGCCCUGCAGGUUGGAGAGCAGCGAGCAGACCGCACUCAAGUACAUCGGAGAGAGAGUGACCGUUAGCGGUUACGGGCUCACUGACGACAGGUGGAAUGGUGGAGAAGCGUCUGAAGUCCUCAGGUGGGUGUACCUGCGCGCCAUCUCCAACGAAUUAUGUCUCCUGUUUUACCCUGGCAGCACCGUCAUCAAGGAGCAGACCAUUUGCGCAGAAUACUACAACGAUACAGCACAAUCUUCCUGCCAGGGCGACAGUGGUGGUCCUCUCACCAUUAUUGACGCUGAUGGACGCCCCACCAUGAUCGGAGUCGUCAGUUUUGGAUCUUCCGCUGGGUGCAACGGACCCCACCCUUCAGCAUACGUCCGUCCCGGCUUCUACCAAAAGUGGUUUACUGAAGUAACCGGUCUGAACUUCGACUGGACCAGUGAGGACAUUGAAUCAGAAAAUGGACCAGGCCUGGAGCCAGAACCUGCAUAUGUUGAUCAAAUGCAAUAAUAUAUCAAUUAAGCUAAUAAUGUAAUAUGAAUUUAGCUAUUUGAUGUUGUUCUGUUCCUUUACAAGAGACAAUAAACGUUUAAUAUUA